AUGUCAGGCCUGGAUGACUCCGCCGCAGCUCCUCCUCAACCUCAAGGCUGCUGCUGCGCCUGUGCCUCUGCGUUGUGGAAGAUAGUGAAGGUCAUUUUACAUGUAGCCAUUGUGCUCACCUUACUCGUUCUGAUCACUCCUGGAAUUUUUCAUAGCUUCGGUACAACGAUCGCUCUUCAAUCAGUGUCCUACGCUAUCCUUGCUUGCCUAUACAUCUGCACCGCGUCCGAUCGGGCGGAGAGGAUUGUCUCCGGCGUAUUUCUUGGUAUCCUUGCUGUCGUGAUCCUCGCGGCAGCUCCCAGUGUGAAGGGAAGGAGGACUGCUCCCGUGGAAUCCAAGUCCCCUCCCGUGCAUGUCAUGUACUACUGCGACCUCGUGGCUCUGUUGGUAUACUGCAUCUGGAAGAUUUGCAGACUCGUGCAGGCCUGUCUCCGGCGCCUCCGUGUUAGUGGCAAAGCUCCAGUUCCUGAUCCGGAGGCGCCACUUGCGACGACGCUGAUGAAAUCGGAAGCAGCCUGCACUGCUCCCGUGCAGCUCCUCAUCGAGGACCUGCCGCGGAAGUUCUCGUACGACGAGAUCCGGGCCGUGACCGGGGACUUCGGGGACGUGGUUGGGCGCGGCGGCUCCGCCGAGGUGUUCCGAGGCGUCCUCGACGACGGCACGGCGGUCGCCGUCAAGCGGAUGACCAGCUACAAGCCGGUCGGCGAGGAGGACUUCCUGAGGGAGAUCUCCAUCGUGGCGAACGUGCACCAGCGCAGCCUGGUGCGGCUCCUGGGGUACUGCCUGCUGCAAGGUGGGCCGGGCGAGGCCCACGGGCAGUACCUGGUCUACCCGUUCUUCGAGAACGGGGCGCUCGCGUACCUCCACCACGAGUGCCACCGCCAGAUCCUGCACCUGGACAUCAAGCCGGCUAACAUCCUCCUCGACGGCGGCCUCCGGGCACACGUGUCGGACUUCGGCAUCUCCAUGUCCAUCGCCCAGGACAUGACCAGCGUCGACACCUGCGGGAGGGGCACGCCCGGGUACAUGGCGCCCGAGAUCUGGUUCAGCUCGCUGUCCGCCAAGUCCGACGUGUACAGCUACGGCAUGACUCUCCUCGAGCUCGUCGGCGGGCGCAGGGGAUACCAGGCCGGCAGGGACUCGUCCGAGACGCCGGACCUGUUGGCGCGCGUCGUGCGGGAGAAGAUGGAGCGGGGCAAGCUCAUGGAGGUGGUGGACGCGGCCAUGGCGAACGUGGACGAGGGAGAGGUGGAGGCGGUGGUGAGGGUGGCGCUCUGCUGCGUCCAGCACCAGCGGGAGCUCAGGCCCAGCAUGGUAACGGUUGUGGAAAUGCUCGAAGGGCGUGUCGCCGCCGAUCUGCCGCCGGAGAGCAGUCCGUUGCCCGCCGUGGAGUUCACGGAGCCUCUUUCCUCGCCAGGCGCGCAAAACGGUGGCACUAGCAAUAAGGUCCCUUCAUUUCAAUAG